AUGGCUAAAGAUAAAGUUGAAAUUCGUCUUCAAAAAUUACUGAAUAAUGAAUUAUCAUCUUCAUCAAAUGAUAAAAACCAAGUUAUAUCUGCUUAUGAUUCUUUAAUUAGUAUUCUUCAGACACCUGAAACACGUAAACAAUUACAUGGAUAUCAUGAAUUACUUUUCGAAUGUAUAUCUCAAAUAAUUCUCACAUCAUCUAAUCAAUUUUUUCAUGAUGAUCAAUUAUGUUUCUUACUUGAAUUAGCAUCAAAUGCAUGUGUUUUGUCCAUGUCACAAAAUCAAAUUAUUGAUAGUUGGUUACAAAAUGUAGAAGAACGUACAUUUGAAAAACCAGAUAAAUAUGAGGACGAUGAUGAUGAUGAUGAUUUAUAUGAAGAUGCCACUGAUAGUGAAGAACAAGAAGACGAAAACAUAACAAAAAUACAAGAUAAUAAUAAAAAAUCAAAUCGAAAUGCAAAUAAUCAAGGUCAGCAAAGACAUGUUUUUACUGAUGAUGCAUCUCGUCAUGGUUCAAAUACAAUGUCAUCAAAAGAGAAAAGUCGACCAUUAACAAAACAAAUAUCCAAUCAACAUAAUAUUCAUGUUACACAUUCACAUGAUAAUCAACCUGAUUUUCGAAAUUCUGAACGAAAUAGUAUAAAUAAAACUUCAACUCAAGGAAACAAUAAUCGAAAACCAAGAGAUAACGAAUAUACAAAUAAUCCUCGUAAAGGAUCGGAUACUGGUACAAAUAAAGGACGACGAGCCCCUCCAUUCAAUAACAAAUAUGGAGUCGAUCUUCAACUUUAUGAUUGUUAUAUUUGUGGUGAAUACGGUCAUGUUCAAUAUGAUUGUCCUAUGAAACAAGUUAAUUCAAAAGUUUUGUGUCGUAAUCGUGUUCGUACUGAUUUGACUAAUAAAAACGAACAAAAUCAAUCAAAAUCUUCAGCAUCGAUAUCUUCCAUAGAAAAAAAUCUUACUGAAAAAGAUCAAAAUAGAAUUCAACAAGUUUAUAAUCAAUUAUCAAAAGUAAUCAAUAGUUCUCAAACAAUUGAAGAACAAAAUAAUGCAUUUGAUUUAUUUCUUUCACUUAUACAACAACUUGAAAAACAACAUGGAGAAAAUCUUUCAAAAAUAUUCAAUGAAAAAGAAUCAAUUUUCUAUUCUUUAUUUUGUCAUGUUGCUCAAAAUGAUUUUCUAUUUACAAAUGAUCAAUAUUUAAAAUUAUAUCAUUUAAAAAAUAUUUUAUUACCACAAAAAUAUCAUUUAUUAAAUGAAGAUCGUUCAAUAUUUUGUCGACAACGUAUUUUAAUACCAUUAAUAAAAAUAAGAGAACAUAUUAAUAAUGUAACACAAAUUCAACAAACUAUAUUUAAUGAUUUUCAAGAAUAUAUUAUUCGUUCAACAUCACCUAUAUCCAUAGUUUUAUUUAAUUUAAUUACAGAUAUACUUAAAUCAAAUAUGUAUAUUGAUAAAAAAUCUAUUGAAUAUUUAACAAAAAAAAUUUUAUUUGAUUUAAAAAAAAAUAUUUUUUCAAAUGAACAACUUAAUGAACUUCAUAUAUGUUUUGAUAUUCGUAUCAAACGUUUUGAACGUAAUCAUCAAAAACAAAUAUGGAAAGAACGUUUAAUUUUAUUUAAAAAUGAUCAAUUAUUAAUUGAUCUUAAUCAAUGGAUUUUAGAAUUUGAACAAAUUUUAAAUACAAAUUUUAAUGAAGAUAUUAAAUCAGAAAAAAUUGUUGUUGAAAAUGCAAUGUGGUAUUUUGCUGUUUUAUUAAUGACAAGUAGUGGACAUUUAAAUAAAGAUCAAUAUGAAUAUAUAUUAAAAGCAGCUAUACAAUCAUCAUUAUUUAAUUCAAUACAAAAGUUUUAUUUUCAAUAUUACUUAAAUCAUAAACAAGCACCAAUAACUAUUUAUGAAUUAAAUCAAAUUAAAAUUAAAUUAGAAAGUCAUAAUAUUGAUGAUAAAAAAUUAGCUUACAAACAAAUUAAAAUGAUACUUGAUAGACAAAAACCAGAAUUAAAUGAUGAACAAAUCGAACAACUCUCAUCUGUAAAUCAUACAGUAACUGGAACUAAUGAUCAGUCAAGAAAACCUGAAGAUAUUAUUCCAAUAAUUGAUAAUCAUGUCCUAUCUCGUCUGAUUUCUCUUGUUGAAAUGGUUUGCUCGGAUACAAAUACAUUUUCAACUGAACAACUAAAAGAAUUACUUGAUAAAUUUCUUCAUCAAUCAACAAUUAUUCGUCCAUUAUCAAAUAUUGAUCAACAACAUUUAACAUCUUUUUAUUCUCGUCCAAUAUCAUUAAAUGAAUUAAAAACAUAUUGUUUAUCAACAAAAUUAGAUUUAAAUGAUUUUCUAUCUUUACUAAAACAUAGACCAUUAAUGAAUAAUAAUGAAGUAUAUGAUUAUUUUACUCAAACAAUUAUAAAUAUAUUUGAAAAUCGACAAAAAUAUUCCAAUGAACAAUGUCAAGAAUUAAAAAAUUUUCUUGAAAAAAAAACAUUAGGAAAAAUACGUUAUCGAUUAAUCAAUGAAGCAUAUGAAAAAUUUCGUUUAAAUAAAAAAAUUCUUCCAACAAUUGACCGAACUAUUCUCAAUCAAUUAUUAAAUAAUAUUCUUUUACAAGAUUAUCAGGCUCAUUUAGAAUUUUUUAAUUUAUUAGAAGAAAUUUCUCAAGUAAUGGAUUUCAACGAAAUAACAAUUGAUUUUGAAAUUAAUCGUUGUCUUCUAUCAACAAUAAUUCUUGUUAUUAUCGAUGCUAAUUAUUCAAAUUUCAUUUGUUUUCAUCAACGUCUAAAAAUUCUUAUCGAAAAACAAACAAAAUUUUUUUCAUUACUUCUUACUGAACAACAAUAUAAACUUAUUCUAUCUCGUUUAAUAUCGAUAUCAAAUAUUGAUCAAUUAAUUAAUUUAAUAAAAACAAAUUUAAAUAAAGAAAAUUUUUUAAAUUUAAUUCAUUUCAUUCAAAAUGAAUUAAAUGAUAAAAAUGAUUUUGAAAAAUUAAUUAAUUUUAUACUUUAUACAUUUGAUAAUGAAUUUUUAUCAAUUGAACAAACACUUGAAAUAUCAAAUUUAAUUUUUCAACAUAAAAAAUUAAAUAAUAAAACAUAUAAAAAUAUUCUACGAUUUCUUAUUGAUUUACUUCAACUAAAUAUUCAUUCAUCACCAAAAAUAUUUUUAAAUUUAAUUGAUAAUAAUCAAGAAAAUGAUCAAAUAAUUAAUCAAAUAACAAUGAUUUUAAAAGUUCAAAAUGGAAAAUAUGCCAUUGAAGAUUGGAAAAAAAUAAUGAUUCAAUUAUUAAAAAUUCUUUUCAAUCGACAACAUAAUUAUGAAAAAUUAAAAGAUAUUGCUCAACAAUCAGCAAUGUUUCAACAGUCUAUAUAUAAACAACAAUUAGAAUCGUGUUGGAAAAAAACAUCCGAUAAUCAAUCUGAUGAAAAUAAAUCAAUAUCUGCUAUUCCAAAAGAUAAUAAUAAAAAUGAUCAUUCGGCUGCACAUCGUGAAAUGUUUCAUUAUUUGGAAUCAAAUGAUGCAUCAAAAAAUUCACUUGUAGUACAACAAUUACGUACAUAUCUUCUUAAUGAACAACUUCCAUCGGAAAUUUUACUUCCAAAAUUCAUACAAGCUCUUCAAAUUAUACUUCGAAAUUCUCAAAAAUUUACUGAUAUAUCACUUGGUGAAUGGGCAACAUUGAUUGCUAAGAAUCGUGGAAAGAUAUUUAUAAAUGAUGCUCAAUGUGAUCAAUUAUUAAUGGAUAUACUUUUAGUUCAUCUUAAAAUGCCGACAGAUACAUUAAACUCAUUUAAUCGUUUGAUUCAAUCAAAGAAAGCUUAUGAAAGACAGAAUGGUCUUCAAAAAUUAAUUUUACUUUUGAAAAAUACACAAAUAAAUAAUGAAAAAAGUAAUAUAAAAAAUUUACCAACAAUAUCAAAUGAAUUUUAUAAUGCAAUCACUCAAAUUUUAUUUGAUCAAAAAUUUAAUGAUCAUCAAGUACGACAAUGUAUAACGGCAGCUAAAAAUUCUUGGUUAUUAAAUAGUGAUCAUCGAGAAAAAUUGAAUAAUAUUUAG